AUGGCAUCAAUUCUUCGCAAAUUGCCUUGGCCUGGCCGGGCCUGGAAGCCUUUGGCUUUCUCCAACACUAAUUUCAAGCGUAUCGCCCCAACAGAGAAGAUAGAAGAAGAGCUCAUUCCGGAUUAUGUCGCCUCACGAUACUAUCCCGUCCGCAUUGGCGAAGUUCUUCGCGAUCGUUACCAAGUCGUUGGAAAGCUAGGCUUCGGAGCUAGCUCGACUGUUUGGUUAGCACGCGAUUUGACCGGCCGAAGGCACGUCGCACUAAAACUUUUUAUUAAUUCUCAGUCCAUGGGUCAACAAUUGGAGAAUGAGCUUGUAAUGUACAGGCGUAUUUCCGCCUCGACUUCCAACCACAAAGGUCGAAGCGCCGUGAGAGAACUCUUGGAUUCAUUCGAUGUUACUGGACCUGAUGGAUCCCAUCGAUGUCUCGUACACCCUCCACUAUGGGAAAGUGUUCUAACAUUCCUGCAUCGCAACCCAGUGAGGAGACUUCCCCCACCAGUCCUCGCCUUUGUGCUUCAUCGCCUUUUCCUUGCUUUGGACUUUCUGCACACAGAGUGCAAGGUGAUACACACAGAUAUCAAGGCCGACAACAUAAUGUUUGGCAUCGGAGAUGACUCCGUUUUUGCUGCUUUCGAAGAGCAGGAACUCAAUGAUCCCUCGCCGCGAAAAGAGGUUGACGGUAGAUAUAUCUACACCUCACGAGAGCUCCAAAUGCCAAAGGAAUGGGGUGCUCCAAUCCUUUGUGAUUUUGGUUCGGCCGUUGCUGGGGAUGUUGAGCAUACUGAAGAUAUACAGCCUGACAUAUACAGAGCUCCUGAAGUCAUUCUUGAAGCACCCUGGGAAUACCAAGUUGAUGUUUGGAAUACGGGCUGUAUGAUAUGGGACCUCUUUGAAGGCGGGCACUUGUUUACAGGACAUGACCCAGAGUUUCAGACCUACCGCAGCCGAGCACAUCUUGCAGAGAUCAUUGCAGUACUCGGGGACCCCCCCCAAUCACUCGUCCGGUCUGGCAAGUCGAGCCACAAAUUCUUCAAUGAUACAGGCAAGCCAGCUUCUACUUGA